UAUCAAUAUGGCGGUUGUCAGCCAGACAAAGACAGUCAGUCUGAUGUGAUUGAGACAAGGGAGGUUUUCAGGGGCAGACUGGGAGACAGAGACCUCCCCUCCCCCUUCUCCUCUUCCUGCGCCGGCCUCAAGUCCUCCCUAACCCCUCCCGUCGGGUGCCCCGCGCGGAAGACACCCCUCCCCCUCCCGCUUCCCUCCUCCCUACCUCAACCCUUCGCGCUGGGACGCUGGGGAGGGGGCUGUGCCGGGCGGAGAGAACUCAGCAAGGAUUCUGAGAUACCUUUUACAAACUAUAGCUCUGCACUCAUUCGUCAAAUCUCUAUUGAGUUGCUCUUGUGAAGCAAGACUGUGGACUGUGGCAGCACCUCAAAAUACAAUCUUAAUAAUACAGAAGCAGUCAUGCCAAGUUAAAUGCUAAAAAACGUUGAUCAUCUCUGGAAAGGAUAUUGAUCCGCCUCAUGUAAAGUAUGCUCAGUUCCUUUCCAGUGGCGAGCGGUUCUCACCUUGACCACCACAAUGGAGAUCAGAGAAGACUGGAGGACACAUAAGUUCACUCCAUAGUAGAGGGCACUGCUGUUGUUGGCAGUUUGCUGGAAACCAUGUCUCACUAUACAGAUGAACCCAGAUUUACCAUAGAACAAAUAGAUCUACUUCAGCGCCUACGGCGUACUGGAAUGACUAAACAUGAAAUUCUCCAUGCCUUGGAAACUUUGGACCGUCUUGAUCAAGAGCAUAGUGACAAGUUUGGAAGAAGGUCCAGCUAUGGAGGAAGUUCGUAUGGGAACAAUACCCACAAUGUUCCAGCAUCUUCCUCCACAGCUACAGCUUCUACACAGACCCAGCAUUCGGGAAUGUCCCCAUCACCGAGCAACAGUUAUGAUACUUCCCCACAGCCUUGCACUACCAAUCAAAAUGGAAGGGAGAACAGUGAGCGAUUAUCCACAUCCAAUGGGAAGAUGUCACCAACUCGCUACCACGCAAAUAGCAUGGGUCAGAGGACAUACAGCUUUGAAGCCUCAGAAGAGGACCUAGAUGUAGAUGAUAAAGUAGAAGAACUAAUGAGGAGGGACAGCAGUGUGAUAAAAGAGGAAAUCAAAGCCUUUCUUGCCAAUCGGAGGAUUUCCCAAGCAGUUGUUGCACAGGUAACAGGUAUCAGUCAGAGCCGGAUCUCUCAUUGGCUGUUGCAGCUGGGAUCAGACCUGAGUGAACAGAAGAAAAGAGCAUUUUACCGAUGGUAUCAACUUGAGAAGACAAACCCUGGGGCAACACUGAGUAUGAGACCAGCCCCCAUUCCAAUAGAGGACCUUGAGUGGAGACAAACGCCUCCCCCUGUGUCUGCCACACCUGGGACCUUACGACUGCGGAGAGGGAGCCGAUUUACCUGGAGAAAGGAGUGCCUGGCUGUCAUGGAAAGUUACUUCAAUGGGAAUCAGUACCCUGAUGAAGCAAAGCGAGAAGAAAUUGCAAAUGCCUGCAAUGCAGUCAUACAGAAGCCAGGCAAAAAACUGUCUGAUCUGGAACGAGUUACCUCCCUGAAAGUAUAUAAUUGGUUUGCUAAUAGACGGAAGGAGAUCAAGAGGAGAGCCAAUAUCGAAGCAGCAAUCCUGGAGAGUCAUGGGAUAGACGUACAGAGUCCAGGCGGCCAUUCCAACAGUGAUGACGUCGAUGGGAACGACUACUCUGAGCAGGAUACUUGGCAAGUACGCAAUGGGGAGGAGGAGGAGGGAAGAAGUUCAGAGGGAGGCAGAGAAGCAGAGAAGGAUGACAGCACGAGCCAUAGUGACCACCAAGACCCCAUCUCGUUAGCUGUGGAAAUGGCAGCAGUCAACCAUACUAUCUUGGCAUUGGCCCAACAAGGAACCAACGAAAUCAAGACAGAGGCCCUGGAUGAUGACUGAUGAGGGAGGGCAGACACAGUUAACUUAGUUUAGACGUAGCACCUUAGCAGACUUUCCUUGGUCCUUAACAUGUGUUCUUACAGUAUAACUUGCAGUUUCUUGUAUGUCAGGUAGCCGUUAGGGUCUUGUUCUGUGAAGAUGGCAUGGUGCCCUCAGCCUUUGCAUAUACUCUCUCAGUAUUAAUUCCCAGUAAAUAAUAACCAACCAACCAAACUUCCCUGUCCCAGCCCCCGAGGCUAGAAAAUCUUGCUGCUCCGUCUUAGCAUUCCAAAAAAGUGCUUCCAGGUAUUUAGAUAGACCUCAGUUCUCAAGUAUUAGGCUGUGUGUAAAAUCUUGGGUACCUUUAGAUACAUGUAACACUAGUCUGUACCCCUUUUCCUUCCCCAGACUGAUAGGAUGCAAGCUGAGGCAAUGGCACAGGAUUGACAGACACCACUUGGGGAGUAUCCAGAGCGAAAAGAACACUAGAACCCCACCUCAGCGUGAGAAUCACUGAUUUCAGCUGCAAUAAGCCGUGCCUCACAGUCACACUGUGGCUAGACUACACUUCUUUGGGUGCUGUGCUAAGAAUGUCCAUGCGAACUUGAGCUCAGAUCUGGUUGGUGUUAACAUGCCUGACACAGAUAUCCUUUCCUCUCACAAGCUGUGUGUAACCUAGUAGAUAAAAUACUGCCUUCAACCUUUGGGACCAUGAUUCAAAACAAAACAAAAAAAAGUUAUGGAAAAAACAAACCCAGCUUGAGAGCAUUGGAAAAAGUGUGAGCUGAAUGUCUAAUGGAUGCUAAGUCCAGUCCUCAGAAUCACUGUACAUUUCAUGGCACAGUUACCAAUGCCUGUCUGGAAAAGUCUUGGAGGUUGUCCUGGUGUCCUCUUUCCCUGCUACCAAAAAGUCUUUCAAGGAUGGAGCUAAGGUCAAAAAUGAGUAAAAGAACGCAGUCUUUGUAUCCAUUAGCAGAAGCCCCCUCAGUCUGAAUCGACGGAGGACUUAAGGGAUUUUGCUGACUUGACUAUCACAGAUGCAAACACUUGCCUAAAUAGGAGCAGAAAAAAGCAGGGGACAUUCCCACUUCACUGUGGGUAUGCGAGACACAGUGGGACGUGACUGCUUUCUUGUUCUCUUUACUCUGUCCUUGUAGAGGUGUGAAAAGCUAUAUUGCUACAGGCAAUUUAUUUAAUAAUUGGAAGCCAUAUUGAUAAUGGAUGUGGUAAUAUUUGUAAAGUUUAAUCUACUUUAAGCAGCAGUAACUAAUGGAAUUUUUUUCCUUGAUCACAUAUGUAGCACUUUUGUUACUUUUUAAAGAUAUUUAUAUUUGAUAAAUCUUUUUUUCAUUUUGAGAACUCAAAAUACCAAACAGUGAACUUGUGUUACAAAGUCACCCUGUGAUCACCUUGUCAUCUGGUAGCAAAAUGAACUAUUCAUGCAUCCCAGAAAAUUACAUCUGCUGGCCUUGUAUGAAAAUGAUCUCCUGAUAUCCGACUGAAUGACACACCGUCGCUGUGGGUCAGAAGCAGCAGCCUGCAGUGCAGAGGUUCGGGGCAGCGCAAGAGGCCGGCAGCCGCGCCUGUCCUGCCUGCUUCCACCCCUUCUGUGUGUGUCUGAGGAAGCCGCAGGUGAGGGGGAGGGCGCCGCUGUUACACGAGGCUUUUGUCUUUGUCCAUUACUGGAAAGUCUGAGGUAGAAGGGAGAUGCCAUUUCCUCACCCCCACCUGCCCUCCCCACACUGCUCAGCCUGACUGGAGAGAGACUCCUGACCUUCCUUGUGUCUCCCUCCCUUGUUGGGAUGCUGCGCGCCUGCCAGUUCUCAGCUGGUCUCUGCACUUACGGCAACACUGACGCGAUCAUUCCCUUAGCUGCGGAAGUCUCUGUGAGGGCAUGAGUGUGCCACCUUCCUAUGUCUGUGACUUAAAAGAAUGAGGGCGAGGCCAGAUCCUGCCCUGUCCCUGGAUUUCAGGGGGGAAAUGUACACGUUUUCCCCAACUUCCAAGAGUCGAAGUGAAAUGAAGCCGUCUUCUCUGUGUUACUGUAUUACUUGAACCAACGAAUUCAAGAGUAGCAUUUGUUAUUCUCAGGAAUGAGUCCCCCACACACUCCUCGGAUUGUUUAUUGUACUUCUAUUUCUGUCGUGAGAUUCUGUUAUCUUCCUUUCCUCUUAUUUUACUUAGAAGAAAUGUCUUUCUCUCCAGUUUGGUGGAAUUUUGUCUGCUUAUUCUCAGUUGAAUCAGAAAGAACACGGAGGGGGGGAAAGUGUAUUCUCUGACAAGCCGCAUCCGUGAUUUAUUGUCCGUCAGGAGAUUAUUAUAAUUGAUAGCUUCUUUAGGAUGGGAUUCCUAGUGUCAUUUGUUUGCUAGUCUUUAAAGGAACAGACGCAAACUGCUAAGCCAGCUGUAGUUUCUAAAGAAAUCCAGUGAUUGCCAGGGAAGAGCUGAAAUGCUUUGCUGUUUUAAGACUUAUGAGGAGGGAAAGUACAAGGGAGAGUUAAGAGGGGUUGGCAUCUGCAGGGUGCACUGGGCGGGCUGGCCAUGGUGAUCCCGCAGGAGCAGUGCUGCCAGGGCAGGACAGGACGUCAUUUGCUAAGCUGGUGGGGGGGGGGGGGGCGUGGAAGGAUGUCCGCCCACAGCUCUGGUGACUGGUGACACCUUGAACUGUUCUGCUUUUUUGGGAUCCAGAUUUAACUCUCUUCUUUGGUUUUCUGUUUGUCAUCACCAGGUUUAGUUCUGCUCUGUCUUGUCCAGACUACCUUAGUGCUUGUAAUGGUAGAUACAGCUGCCACUGUUUGGUUUCUAGUAUUUUGGGUGGGAAAUCUUUUCCCUGAGCCUUUUCAGGUUUUAGGUGUAGUAUUAAAAUAGAAAGUCACAUCCCAUGCUUCUUGGUGGCUCUGAACCCACUGUCGCUUUUCUCCUUCAGGCCCCAGAAGACUCUUAGAGCCUUGUUCCCUUCUAGUCAAGAAAGACUCUUUCAAAGUGUGGGGUGUAUUCAUGUAAUUCAUCUGUCCUUUUUAUUUAAAGAUACUGUAAUUGAAUUACUGUAGUCACAUGCAAGCUUUCCCCUAACCCUCUCACAAAGGUCCUCAUCCAAGGCAUUUUCAGCCUGUAUGCGGCCAGCGCCAACAGUGGGCAGAAGUAGGUGGGCAGCACAGCAAGGACACCGCUGACAGCGCCUAGUGCUGCUCAGUGCCACACAGACAUUCUGAUCCAUUCCAGCAGGGCUGGAACACUGGAGUACCCCAUCAGGCAGACUGCCUCGGCCUCGACCCCUGACGUGCCCUGCACAGGAUGAGGCAGCCUUUCCAAGGUCCCUUUCACCCCAGCAGCGUGGAGGGGAGGGAGCAGCUCGUUCAUGCUGGAGUCGGCAAACCUGGUGCUCCAGUGGGCAGCAGAUUUGCUUUCAGUAGGACCUGUUUAGUCCCGAUGUCUGGGUGGAUUCUUACCUCAAAGAGUCAGUCAUGAAGAAUCUGCUGAGAGCUGUUUGCACGCUCCCACUUUGGCCUUCAUUUUCAGGAACUCCUGUCAGAAACGCACCUCCUGGAUACCCAAGGUAGGCAACGAGUAUCAGACUCAGUCAGCAGCCUGCCAUCGCUUCUCUCCAUCUCCCAACAGUGCUCUGUUUCUCUGGGCUCCGCUGCUGUGUCCUGGUCUGGAGUUGGCUUUGCUAGAGACUGUCUUGUGCAGCAGGCAGGGGUGCUGCUCCUGCUUGGUAGCACCCUCUUCAGCUGCCUGAGAACACAACAUGCUGUCCCAUCCCGUGAGGCCUGGCUCCCCAAGCAGCCGGCAGUCCUGGUGUGGCCCACAGCUGCGGGGAUGACCCCUUCCACACAGACGCUCACCACCCUGUCCUGAGAAUGUGAACUUCCAGCCCUAACCCCUCUCUGGCCCUUAGAAGGGUUUAGUUAGAAGAGUCUUCCCAUCUAACUCGUGGCUCUGCCUCUUAAAAAUGCUUUUUAUCAUUUGUUCAGAGCACAACCAGAGUGUUUUUCCCCCCCGUAAGCCUCAACAGAUUCGUAGGCAAUAAUUUUUCUUGUGGUGAUGAUCUUGUGCUCAGUAAAGUCUGUCCACACAAGUACUCCUGACCUCCCAUGGUGUGCGUUGGUUUCUGUGUUCACCUCUGUGGUUUAAAUGUUAAGCCAGAGCAGUCAUUUUGUUGUUGUGAUCAUCGCUGGUUUCACUACUGUGUUCUUGGGGCUGCAUCGAGACCAGCCAAAUGUAUUGAUAGCUUUACUGAGCCGGAUCUGUUUGUCCAGAUUUUCCGGGUGAGGGGCUCACAGCAGCUGUGCCGUGGGGCUGGCCUUCCCUGUGCAUGUUCCCUAACUAGCAAGCCGCGCGCUCAGGCCUUGGGGUUGGCUGCGGGCACACCGAACCUGGCAAGUGGAGCCUUGUGCCCUGAAGCCCUGCCACUGGCCCUUGGUUCCAAAGCGUCGGGCUGGUGUUGGCACCGUACGGGCGCCCGCCUUCCUGGCUUGGCUGUAGAGACGCCACUCGCUGCAGACUUCUCAUGGCGGAGCCGGCCCAGGCUGCGGAAGCGCCUCCCCUCCCGCCAUCGGCAGGUGCUGUGCCCAGGCCGCUGGCCGCCACUUCUGGACCACCUCAGCCCCCGCUAGGUCUGACUCCUCUCAGAAACGCAGCCCCGCGGGUUUGCGGUGGAAAGGGUUCCUGUUUCCGUGUGGCCUUCGUCACUCUUGGGUGGAGUGAGAACAGUGACUCUUGGGGGGAGUGAGAACAGUGAGGAGCAAGCCAAGCCGAGCCCACUGCCAGUAGUGCUGGAUCUCUAGUCGGAAGGGAGGGCGCAGGAGAGCAGUGGAGGGCAGCCUGGGGCGCCCUGCUCACCGGCCAGCGCGGACGGAGGUCAGGCUGUGGGAGUGCCCCAAGCUAACGUCUUCAGCACUCUUCACCUUCGGGUGGAGGCCGUGCCGCUGAAAGCUGCCUGGUGCUUCUCCACCGCCUGACUGCACCGGGCAGGCUCCAGGGCCAGUGCUCUCUGCUGUCCCCGCUGGUGGGUUUACCCUGUCUGUCCUCCAGCCGCAGCCAUGCCCCGGGGCUGCCCCAAGUGCCGCACCUGAGAAACCCGUCCGGACUCCAUGCUGCUUUCUCGCCUUUAAAAAGACUGGCUGUGUAUAGCUGUAAUUAACUCAGAUUCACACUGGUGUGCUGCGAUCAAAGGGAGCUUUGGCUGAAUCUUUGCAAAUUGUAACCAUGGUAAUUGAAGGGGUGGCACAGAAUGAAUGCAUAAAAAUAUAAUGGCGAUUGUUCUGAAUGACUGAGUGUCCUCCUGACAUGUAAUUAGCUGUUUGAGCAGGAUGUAGAUUGGCAUGGUCUUAAUUAAGAGGAUUUCUGUCCUUGUGUGAUUGAAAUAGCAGCGCUCCCCUCCCCCGUUUCCCUGUAGCACUGAUGCUCCCGGGAACACUGGGAAUGGCAGCAUGGUAGACCUCGGUAAUGGUGGAGCAUUAAUCUCCCAAGUGAAAGAGGGCCAGGAGCCUCGAUGCCCACUCCCCAUGGGACUUGUGAGCCUGCCGGCCACUCAGCGUGACACAGCCAGCUCCACCCUGAGCAGCGACCAGGCAGAGGCCCAAACUGAGGCCGCCAGCCGGCCAUGUCAUGCGCUCCCCACACACCUGGGCUUUUCAGACUCCUCUGGUCACUUGAUGUCACCAUCGCCACCAUGGUCACCAAAUGGCAGUGUUGGAUCUUAAGAUCCAGAGCAGACAAGCUGACAGGGACACAGAUGUGAUAGACUGGACCGCUGUGCUGCCGUCGUGGAAGCCGAAGGGCACUCGAGUGUGCCCGGCCUUCCUCACACCAUGCUUGCCCAGCGGGCGCCACCCUCCUCACGUCAGCCUCACUUCAGCCGUGCUCUCCGUGCCGUGUCCCGAUUUACAAGCUCCCUUCUCUCACUCCGGCCUCCCCACUCUUCUGUGACCCUGGCCUGUCAGGUGGUGUGGUUGUGACACCUGCAGGGUCCCUGGCCUAAGCCUAACCCAUCCCGAGGCCUCCCUGGCAGGGGAGCUCCUCCUCACUCGCUAGUCUUUUUCUGCAGUGUGGUGGGGUCUUCCCAUCACUUACGGGAGCAGCCAAGGGACUUUUUACCCGCUUCCUGCCCAGCAGGCCUGUGGGGCAUGUGGGUGAGCCGGGCCCCGCCCUUCCCUGGGCUACACGUGGGAUUGGAUGGCAGCCACUGAGGAAAGUGUGGCUCUGGCUUUUGCUCCUGUUUUGCUGCUUGCCCUUGUGCAGGUCUCUCCUUUCCCCAGCAGCAGGAGCCCUGGGCUGUGGGAUGCGCGGUUACAGUGCCCUAUUCACCUCCACCUCCAGACAACUGGUGUACAGGAAGCGCUUCUGGCCUGGGAUUGUAGCUGUGCCCUCCCCAACACCUGCAGUGGAAGGGUAACGGCUCUGAUUAGGGCAGAUCCUCUCCCCAAAAGGCCACCUAGAGACGGAAAACUGAGCAGCUGUGGUAAUGUGGUGCCCAUGAGACACUCUUAAGGAAGCCAGCAGAUGACCCGAGAUCUGCUCCCGCUCAGAGGAUGCAGGAUCCAUGCUGUAGUUGGUGCCCCAACUUGUGCCAUCUCAGGCUUGGAGUACCAGAUGUGCUGGAGACGCCACCUGCUCCUUGUGUCCCCAGAGGGCACUGUGAACCAACCUCCUUACAGCCAAUUUUCCUUUUCCACCAGCAGCCCUGCCCCACCAGGGAAAAACCACCUGAGGGAAUCAACAAAGAUACAUCGUGCUACCCUGAAAUACCUAGUUGUGGGCAUGUGGAGCAAACUGUCCAGAUGCCACCAUUCCCAGUCAGUGUCAUAGGAGCCAGGCACGGCCCACCUGAGCAGUGCCACCCCAGCUGAAGCCUGCGGCACCUUGCAAGAAGGCAGUCAGCUCACUCGCCACUGCUUCGAGGAAGUCACUCCCAGCCUGCCUGGUAUUGCCAGCACAUUGCACUCAUUACUGUCCCAGGGGAGCCAGAAGGGGACAGAGACCCUGCAGCCUGGCUUUCUCCACAGACCUUCCCGAGCCUUGCUGCUUGGUCAUCGAGGUAACGAACACAGGGACAUAAACUGCUGGCUGUGUCAGGACGUGAGAAAAUCGCAGGUGGCAGUCGCCCAUCUGGGCAGUUGCUGGCAUCCCAGGUGCUUGAGCUCUCAAGCUUGAGCAGAGUGUGCUGCUGUCCUUGCCACAGUAGUGACAGUGGCCAGGUGGGUUCCAGUGCCCCUGGUGCUGUGUCAGUGUCCGCCCUGUCGUGGCUGCUUCUGCUGCUCCUCACCAGGAGUGCAGGCUGAAGUCCAGCCUAGGGACCUCUAAGAUCGGAGUCCAGGACAGCAGGCUCCCCCUGGUGGGGUUGGGCCCUGCCCUGGGCCAUGUGGCGGCUCAGAUUUACUGGUCAGGGAACUGGACAAGGAACGUAGGCCCCAAGCUGACCUGAAGGCCUGUGAACACUCUACGCCUUCCUUCUGACCUUUCUGGUACUGCAGAAACAGGAGUUGGUAGUGUUGUAACCUCUCUAUCCUUGCCUGGUGCCCGUGAAGUUCGAGAAAGGAACAGGCCACAGCUUGGAGCGGUCGCCACAAGGGACCCUCUGGGGGUGAGUUAGGGACAAAAGAUGCAUUGAGCCACAGCCAGCCAGUGAGGUUCAGCCUCCCUUGAGGAUGUCUUCCAGCACUUCAGGCCGUCUGAAUUUGAGUCUCCUGUGUGGUGCACAGAACGAGUUCCCAGUUUUGCCUUUCUGGAGGAAAGAGCCCUGCACACACUUGUGGAGUCAUGUGCCGCUUUGCUGUUCCCUGAAGCUGUUAUGCUGGAAAACGAGCAUGAAUGCUCUUAGGGUGGCUACCCCACGCCCGGCGUUUCAGGCAGGGGGUAUCUGCUUCUGGCCAGCCUUGAGACCCCAGGUGCUCUACUGGGCUAGGCGGGCACCAAGGAGACAAAAUCAAAGUGGGUGGGCAGGGCUUCUCCCUCACACUCCAGUUUUGCCAAACCCAGCUACGUAAAGCCCGUUCUUUUUCCAGCGAUUUAUUUCGUCACACUUGAGUGUGCAAUAGCACCCAGGCAUCACCUGCACCUCCUGCCACCCUGUCCAUACUUUUGAGGGCCCACCUGCCAGCUCAGUGGCCCUUAGCCAGCUUGUCCCCCACUGGCAUCUGAGGCCUACCUGGCCAAGCCUGCCAUCCUCCUGCGCCACAGUCACAUGGAAAGCAGCCCCUUCCCAGGACGAGUUCUUGUUUAAGUGCCUAAGUAAGCCACAGACCUCUGGACCCUGCCAGUUAGCGCUGCCCUGCCCACCCCCGCUCAGCCUGGGGCAGGCACCUCACCCCCAGAUUCCCUGCCGUUCUGCAGGCAGAAUGGCCCAGCCUGGGGGUGGGGAGGGCUCUUGGGCUCAUCAGGAGGCUCCGUCACUGGUCACUGGUCCCGCUGGUUCUGUGGAUCCUCUGAGGUUGUAGACACCUUUCAGGCAUCCGCUUAGCUAGAGCUCAGUGGCCACUGCAGACAGGAGUGCGGGACAGCCUGGAACCAGAAGUCUGUGUCUUAGCCGUGGGGUGGUAUCCAGACUCCACAGCAAAGCAUGACUCGCCCCAGUUGGGGCCACCUGCCCCUCUGGCUCUAGACGUAGGGGACAGGGUGCCUGCUGGCAGGGCCACCAGUAGGCGUCAGCCAGAUACAAUGUGCAAUCUGUGCAGGUGAGUGUGUGGCUGUUCGCUUCUUUUGAAGGUCAUAGAAGUGACCUAGAUUUGGGGCCUUCGUUAUGUGGGGAGCACAGGACAGAUGACUCCGACCGUGCUUGCUCAGAUCCCAUCGCCAGCAACUCACUGAUUUGUGGGUAUGUUAAAAGGUUUUGCAAAAUGGAACAAUCCAUACCCCGGCACUUUAUUUUCAUUACUAAUCCAGCAUUUUUGUUCAGACAGUGGUAUAGCCCAAACAUGGCAUCUGCUUGUGACACGCGUGGGCGAGCACAUUCCUCAGAGCAGGGCAGUGUGGAGAGCGCACUGCUGUGGCCAGGCCCUCAGUCCCGUGCGACUGAGCAGAGAUGAAUGUAGCUGAGGUCCUGGCUAGGGGCAGACCCAGCAGCGGCAGAGGGCCUGGCUGCUUGUCCCUUCCUUGCAGCCACACUACAGUGGGAGCAGAGUGCCAAGCCACGGCUCCAUCUCGCUCUGUGUGCAGCUGGGUCCUGGGCCCAGCUGGCACAGAGGACACAGCGUGCCUGAGGUCGCAUAGGGUAGCUCUCAGCUGAGGCCGUGGCUGUCCUGUCUUUGUCUCGGUUCCCCUCUGGUGUCUUCCCUGGUCUCUGUCCUCACCUUGUGUACCAUGUGUCCCUGAGGGCGUCACACCUGUGUCUGAGUCUGCUGUAAGGUGUUCAGUCUACCUCAAGGGUCACCAUGGUAAGCUCUCACACGGAACCCUCCUUCCAUGCCACACACUGGAAUGUAGCCCGCCUACCCCAUGUCUCCUUGUAAUCACCACAAAUCCUAGUGCAAAUUGGAUGCUGCUUUAAAUGUGAAAACAAUUGUUCAAAAGCUAUAAAAUCUGAAUGAAAGCUAAAGCUGAAUUUAUAAGCCUUGUUGCAUAUGAGCCAAAAGUGCAAAAAGCUCUAUAUAAUGAACUAACCUGCCACUCGUAUAAAUAUAAAUAUAUAUAAAUAUAUUAAAAUCAGACUGUUCUACAAAAUUGUGUAUUUGUAUUUUUGUGUACGUACAAUUUUCUGCUAAGCAGAAGGAGGACGUAGUAUAGGAUGCUGUGAGAAGAGAUUUGGUUUAAUCCUAUUUCUUUGUUACUUAUUUUUGUUAACAUCAGAUGCCUGUCUCCGUCUUCUGUGUAUGUCACUGUUUGGAAAGCUGCAGUAUCUCUCUUCUGUAGGGCCAGAUUCUGGAGAGAAUCAAGUCUGGACCUUAGAGACUUGUGGCCACUUGACACAGAGAGGGGACCAUUUGUGGUCCUGAGGUGGCGCUGAGGCAGCCCGGGACCCCCAUGGCCCAGUGGGCUUGGCGUCCUGCCUGCCCCUGGGAAGCAAAACCACUAUAGAAAACGACUUCCCGACAGGUGCCGCUGGCUCCCUCCUGUGCAGACUCCCCAGGGUCUGUGAAGGAGGGACACAGGCUGUCCCCAACCAAGACAGGGUUGCUUGCUGCCCCUGGGAGCAGUAGGGGAUUCUGCCUGGCAUGGCACCCCACUCCCCCAAGCCCUCGCUGCCUUCCUCGAUCAGGGGCCUCAGGCCUCCUGCCACUCCUCCGCCAGACCCCAGCCUGGUCCGGAGCAUCACCAAACCCACUCUGCCGGUGCUAAACUCAAGAGGGGGACCGUGGCCACGAGGCUGCCCAGGACCACCAGCCGGGCUGGGGCGGGUGCUCCCCCAGGGAGAGCGAUACUGCAGCUUCGCCCAUAGGACUCGGCCUCGGCAGUGCGGGAUGACUGUAGUGGGGAGCCCUUGUUUCUGGGUGGCAGCAGUCAGAGAAACAAGCGCUCCAUUGUAUUGAUUAAAAUAGUUCCAAUGAGUCCUGUAUCAUUGUAUCUCCUAUUCUGGAUUAGUGCCUUUUGGACAGUAGACUGUUCUGUAAUUAAAAUGUAGUAUACUGCUUUUUUGUACAGUUUUGUUUUAAUAAAACUUUUUUUUAAUUUGUGUUUAUUUUAGUAUUGUACCUAUUAGAGAAUAAAAUGUAUAACGGAAUCAAA